CAUACAUGUGAUUCGAAAUUUUAAUUUUUCGCGAAACUAAAAAUUAAAAAAAUAAUUAAAUUCUUAUCCAAUUAUGUUUAACCGAUUUCUGUGUAUAGAACGCUCAAUAUUUAAUCAUAGAAAAAGUUUAAUUGACCAUCAAUCUUUUCGUUUGAAUCAUGAAGAUAUUCCAAUCAUUAAAAUACCAAAAUAUAUGGAAAAUAAUUUGGGCAAUACAAUCUAUCAAGAACAUUGUAAAGUAAAAGAAACGCGUGAAAAACGACGUCAAAAAAUGGCUAAUCCAUUAAAUCCUAAUCAUUUAAAUAAGAAAAUUAUCAGCUGGACUGGUGAUAAAAAAUUAUUCCAUUAUUAUGGUCGUCGAUAUAAUACCAGAGACGUUCCAUUGAUAUCGAAAUUUUUUCUUAAAGAAACUUCAAAUGGACAAUACAUGACCGUACAUAAUUUUGAUACGAAUCCUUCCUUAAUGUCAUGUGACCAUCCGAAAUCAUUCGAUUCUUUAGGACUAGGCCAAAACCUCACUCAAUCAAUUUAUGAUACAGUAAAUAGCGGCCAAUCUAUUUUUCCUUCAACAAUUCAAUCAGCAGUCAUACCAUUGUUACUUCGUUACAGAAAUGUUGUGUUUUCGGCCGAAACUGGAAGUGGCAAAACAAUAGCUUAUCUUGCCCCAUUAAUUCAACUUAUUCAACAAACUAAAGUUGUAAAUUCGAAUCGUAAUCGCAAAUGUCCAUUUGGAUUAAUUGUAUUACCAUCACGGGAACUAACUGAACAAGUUGGAGAUGUUGCUAAACAAUUGUGUGCAAAUACUGAUGUUGGUGUGGCAACAAUGAUUGGUGGAUUACCGAAACAUUUACAUCAAACGGGUAUCGAUUUGGUCAUCACCACUAUUGGCAUAAUUGAAUCACAUUUGAAUAAUGGUGUUUAUUCUCUUCGAAAUUUGAACCAUAUCGUUUUUGAUGAGGCUGAUACAUUAUUGGAUGAUUCGUUUGCUUAUGAAACAAUGGAUUUACUUGGAAAGUUAAAUAUCAAUCAUGGUCAAAACCAUGAUGAUGACAAAGAGCAAUGCAACAUUGAAUCAGAUGAAUCACAUGUCCUAAAUGGUACUCAAUUAAUAUGUGCUAGUGCAACGAUGCCAAUGGCAUUAGAUUCUACUAUUGGCUCAUUAGUCGACAUGCAAGACGAUAUUGAUCAAAUAUCGACCAAAAAUCUCCAUACAUUACACCCGAAUAUAAAACAUCGUUUCUUUAGGGUUAAUCGACAUAAAAAAGAUAUCAAAUUGUUCGAGCUAUUAUUCGAAAGUCAAGCACAAAAAUCACCCGUCAUUGUGUUUGCCAAUCGAGCCAAAGCUGUUGAUUGGUUGUUUAAAUUUAUUAACGAAAAUGGAUUUAAUUGUGUUCGAUUAACUGGUACGAUGGACGAAGAAGAACGUUAUCAAUCGUUUCAAUUGUUUCAAAAAGGCGAAUAUGAUAUACUUGUAGCUACCGAUCUUGGCUCACGUGGUCUUGAUACAAGUCGAGUGAAACAUGUCAUCAAUUUUGAUUGUCCCCAUUAUGUUUCCGAUUAUAUUCAUAGAUCUGGCCGAACAGGACGUCUUGGAUCAUCAUUUAUCGGUCAUGUUUCUACUUUCGUUUCAUUCAAACCGGAUGCCUACAUGUUAAUGGAAUUGGAACGAGCAUUACGUUUAGGCGAACCAAUCACUACGGUCAAUGCUAAUAUCAAAGCACAAAUCAGUCAACAUCGUGUAGAUAAAUGGCAAAAAAUUCAAAGAAAUAGUUAAUAAACAAAUUUUUUUUUAUUCAGUGAUUAAAUAUAUCAAUUUAAUGUAGAAUCCGUA